CACAUUUUUUACCACGUUUUCUGCUUUAAUUUAACCAAAACAAAAACAAUGGGAGAGCAGCCAGUGAGAGUCCUGGCGUGUGGAGAUGUGGAAGGCCGACUGAACGCUUUGUUCAACCGAGUCCAGACCAUCCAGAAGAAGACCGGACAGUUUGAUCUGCUGCUGUGUGUCGGAGAGUUCUUCGGAACGACGCCGGAGGCCGAGGCCGAGUGGCAGCAGUACAAAAGUGGAGCCAAGAAAGCUCCCAUCCACACUUACAUCCUCGGAGCGGCGGGCCAGGAAACGGUGAAGAACUUCGAGAGCACUGAUGGCUGUGAGCUGGCUGCAAACAUCACGUACCUGGGUCGGCGGGGCGUGUUCACCGGCGUGUCGGGCUUACAGAUUGCCUACGUCAGCGGUCGGGAGGCGCUGCAGGAGCCGGCGCCGGCUCACUGCUUCACAUCCAAAGAUCUGUCGGCCCUCGUGGCCCCGCUGACCAGCAGCACCAAGUUCAGAGGGGUCGACAUCCUGCUGACGUCACAGUGGCCUCGAGGAGUCUGGAACUACGGAAACAACCCGGACGUGAACACAAAGUUCUGUGGGAGCGGUUCCGUCGCCAGCCUCGCAGACAAACUGAAGCCGCGUUACCACUUCGCAGCACUAGAGGGCGCUCACUACGAGAGGCUGCCAUACAGGAAUCACCUCAUUCUCCAGGAAAACGCUCAGCACGUCAGCCGCUUCAUCGCCUUGGCAACCGUCAACAACCCCGCAAAGAAGAAGUAUCUGUACGCCUUCAACAUCAUUCCCAUGAAGACGAUGGAUUCAACGGAGCUGGUGAAGCAGCCGCAGGACGUGACGGAAAACCCGUACAGGCGCUCCGGAAAAGACAAAACAGAGACGCCAAAGAUGAACUUCAGCACCGAAGAGGAGGAGCCGGCCAGUCAGUUCUUCUUUGACCUGGGCAAGAAGCAAGGCGGCGGAGGUCCUCGGGGCCGCGGCAGGAAGAGGGAUGGAGACCAUCAGUGGAGACGCUGGGAGGGGGACGGACAAAACAAACAAGCUCGCAGGCAUCCUCAGCCUCCUGGUCCCUGCUGGUUCUGUCUGGCCAGUCCUCAGGUGGAGAAACACCUCGUCAUCAGCAUCGGAUCACACUGUUACUUGGCUCUGGCUAAAGGCGGUCUGACGUCUCGCCACGUGCUGAUCCUCCCUAUCGGUCACUACCAGUCGGUGGUGGAGCUGAGCUCGGAGGUGGUGGAGGAGAUGGAGAAGUACAAGUCGGCCCUGAAGAACUUCUACAAGAGCAAAGGAGAGCGCUGCGUUCUGUUUGAGAGGAAUUACAGGAGCCAACAUCUGCAGCUACAGGUGGUCCCGGUGCCGCUGGACCGCUGCGCCACAGAGGACAUCAAGGAGGCGUUCAUGGUUCAGGCUCAGGAGCAACAGAUGGAGCUGAUGGAGAUUCCUGAACACACCGACCUCAAACAGAUUGCUCCUCCUGGGACACCGUACUUCUACGUGGAGUUGGACUCGGGGGUGAAACUUUUCUACCGCAUCCAGAAACAUUUUCCUCUGCAGUUUGGAAGGGAGGUUCUGGCCAGCGAGGCGUUGCUGAACAUCCCGACCAGAGCGGACUGGAAAGAGUGCAAACAGACCCGAGAGGAGGAAGAGGAGUGCGCCAGAGUGCUGAGAGACGAAUUUCAGCCGUUCGACUUCGCUUUGGACGACUGAUGCACACACACACACGCACUUACACACACACGAUCAUUGUUGUUGAUGUAAUGGACGCUGUUCCUUUUUUUUUUAUACCAAAUGUCAUCCUUUGGGAAGUAAACUUAUUCGAUUUCUCUCUUUAAAACCUUUAUAUAUCAUUCAUCAGUGUGUUUAUAGUCAUUUAAAUGUAAUAAGGAGCAUAUAUAAACACACUGCAUGAUAUUAAAGUGAAUAUAUUUCAAUUUUAGACUCUAAAUCAAACAAAAAGACAUUUUUUUAGGACGUCACCUUGUGCUCUAAGAUAUUAUAACAAGCACUUUUCUAAAUUUUUUUACAUUUUAUUAACGAAAUGAUCACGUAGAUAAUAGUUAAUUGCAUCAAUCUGGUGUGUAAGCUCCUAAAUAAUGUCGAGUUUUUACUUUUAGCGAAUAAGUGUAUUUCCCAAAAUGUUGAAGUAUCCUUUAAAAUCAGGUACUGGUGUUUUAUACUGGUGGUGUAUUUUAUUUUUCUUGACUUGAGAUCUUUGGCAUCGAACCUUCAUGAAAAGUCUCCAUUUAAAUAUUUUCUGAUUCUACAAAAAAAUUACUUAAAAACACACUAAUUUGUCACUUUUCAGUCUUUUUUCUGCCUAAAAGUGAUCAAGAGUUGCAGUAAUUUAAAGAUGUCUCUGCAAAAAAAAGUCUAAAAAGUGACAAAAAAAUUUGAUUUUGAGCUUGAUGGAUAAAAAGUUUAGGCUCCAAGAAACCUUUUGAUAUGAAACCUGAUGAACUGCAGCAGCUCAGAAACCUUUUGUAACAUUUCUAUAGAUGC